CUACAGGAUGAACCAAUAAUAGUGGACGUUGGUGAAGACAAGGACAUUACAGAAAUAAACAAGGAUUUGGGGCAUGAUGAUAUUCUUGAGCCACCAAACAUACAAAGGAGUGCUGUUAACACUGAGAGCAGUCUUUGGUCGGAUGGAGUUCCAUAUGUUUUGGACAAGAGCCUUGAGAUGAAUGCUAAAGGAAUCAUCCUGAGAGCCUUUGAGCAGUUUGGGCUGAAGUCAUGCAUUGCUUUCAGACCAAGGGAUUCUGAGAAGUAUUACAUUUCUGUCCAAAAAUUAGACGGAUGUUUUUCAUAUGUUGGGAAAGCAAUACCCAAUGGACAGCCGCUCUCCAUCGGGAGAUACUGUGAUGAGAUUUCCACCGUUGAACAUGAGUUCCUCCAUGCUCUUGGCUUCUACCAUGAACAGUCCAGAUAUGACAGAGAUAAUUUUGUGACCAUUGUAUUCGAGAACAUCAUAGAAGGUUAUGAAAAUAACUUUCAAAAAGUUAGCAAUGAGUCCAGCACCACCAACGGAGUCCCAUACGACUACUGGUCAGUGAUGCAUUAUGGCAAAAAUGCAUUCUCCAAUGGCAAUGGGUCAACAAUUAUUACCAAAGAUCCAAAAUUCCAGGAUGUUAUUGGUCAAAGAAAGGAAAUGAGUCCCAGUGAUGUUUUGGAGCUGAACCGCCUCUACAAAUGCAACUCGACCAUUGCAUUUAAGAUGCACUGCAGCUUUUCUAAUGGGGGCAUGUGCCAAAUGAAUCGCUGCUCACAGAAUGGCACUGGCUGGCAAAUGGUUAUGAGUGUUUCUGGAGGUCCAAACUCUGAUCACACCAAUCUACCCGGGGGCAGUGGUGAUCAUAGUGGUCAAGAUGCAGGUUACUUCAUGCAUGCGAGCACAGCAUCAGGUAAGGAAGGAGACUCGGCCUGGCUGGAAACCAAGAGGAUGAGUCCUACUAGGAAGUGUCAUAACCAGUGUCUCCAAUUCUACUAUUACCACACUGGCAAUGAGGCAGAUCAACUUAACAUCUGGAUCAGAGAGUUUCAAGAUGAGCAGGAUGUCAAAGGAACUCUUCGCCUCAUGGGACAGAUCACUGGUUCACCUAAAUCUUACUGGCAACUCCAUCAUGUUUCCCUGAAUGCCACCAAGCACUUCCAGGUGGUGUUUGAGUCUCGUAAAGGAGCAGGCAGCUCUUCGGGUGGAUUCUCAAUCGAUGACAUUAAUUUGUCUGAGACUGAAUGUCCUCAUUUAACCAUGCAGAUUAACGAUUUUGGCAACCUUUUGAACACUAGUGGUUAUGCAACGCCUAUAUACAGCGCACGGCAGUACUCCAGAGGGGGCUAUGCUUACAGGAUUGGGAUUGUUCUGUACAAGUCAUUUUUUGGACUGUUUGUGCAACUGUUGUCUGGUAAAUAUGACGACCAGCUGGAGUGGCCUUGCGUAAAUAGGCAGGUGACCUUCCAAAUGGUGGACCAGAACCCCAACAUCCAGCAGCAAAUGUCCAAGCAAAGAAGUAUCACCACUGACUUAAGUCAGUUAAAUAAUGGUAACUAUAGAUGGGACAAUCCUCGGAAGUUUGGAAAUUCAUUUGUGGAGAAUAAUGAGACCAUCUUUGCUGGGAGACUGUUUGGCAAAACCUAUUUUGCAUCUUUGGAAGAAUUAAACUUCAGAGAGUACCUCAAGGGGGGAAGUGCCGCUUUCGUCUUCAGCUUCCAAGAUAUCACACCUCUAGUUAAUGGAAGUACUCUACCAUGUCCUAAAGUGGGACCAGUGGAGGUUAAACAUCCUCCCAGAAACAUGGAUGAAGGUCCAUGUGCAACACGGAUCCUUACCACCACCAAACCACCUCCUAAAACAACAGAUGAUGACAGGAUCUUCACCACCACCAAACCACCUCCUAAAACAACAGAUGAUGACAGGAUCUUCACCACCACCAAACCACCUCCUAAAACAACAGAUGAUGACAGGAUCCUCACCACCAAACCACCUCCUAAAACAACAGAUGAUGACAGGAUCUUAACCCCCAAACCACCUCCUAAAACAACAGAUGAUGACAGCAUUUUUUGCGUCUCUCCUGGUUUGGUGGCUUCUCCUGUCCUCACCCUCCUGGUUGCACUGAUGCUUGUCAUACAUCGUUGAUGUGUGUCCUCCAUCAACAUCUCACAUUCGCACAUGGACAGGGCUAGCAAAUUUGCCACUGGCUGAGAAAGUGAUUUUUACUUUUUAUUAAAUGCUUUUUGUUGUUUCACUGCUUAUAUAAGGAACUAAUAAAUAGGUAAUGGACAAUGAGUAAAGAAUUAAUGGCACUAUAAAUUAGGUGUGACAUAUAUUUGUUGGUAUUUGGAUUAUCUUUUGUGGGUUAAUCAUGGAAUUGUAAAUAUUGGUUUGUUUGAUUUUUUUUAUAGCCCUGCAGUCUUUAAUCUGCUUUUUAAAAAGGGGUUUUGUGAGAGGUUGUUGUUGCAUAUCAAGGACACAUACACAGUGCACAGUUUGAUGUGAAAUUACAUUUUUUGCAAUGCUUCUUGAUUCACAAGAAUAGUAUAUUUGAGAAUCAUAGAAAAUGUCUGCAGUAACAUGGUUUGGUCAUGAGAAAAUGAUUGCAUUGUGUGGGAAAAUCUUUAUUCUUUAUUUUUAAAUCAGUAGAUUAUUGUGUGGGAUUUUGUGGGAAUUUUUUGAAGCUUUCAAAUAAAACAAUUUUUCAAAGCAAAA